AUGAAAUAUAAACAACGUAAAUUAAUUGAAAAUUUUCCUUUCAUAAUAUUAUACAUCAAUAUAUUUUUAGAAUAUCCAAAAUCUGUUCGACAAUUAUCAACAAAUAAAAUAUCUAAUUAUGUUAAUAAACAACGUAUACGUUGUUCAUUAUGUGAUUCAUUACUUAAGGCUUCUACAAGUCAUCGAUAUUUAUUAACGGGUAAAUCUAUUCAUGAUAAUUUAGAUAAAAAUAUAACAUAUAAUGAAUGUUGUCAACGAUAUUUAAAUGGUACAUAUGAAUCGGAUAAAUUACAAAUGAUUUGUCCAAAAUGUUGUCAUGACUUACAACGUGUUUAUUCAUUACAUAAAGAUGCAGAAGAAUUAACAAAAAAAAUUCAUCAUACUUGGUGUAAAACAAAACGUUUAAAUCGUACUCGUCAUUCACAUUUAACAUUGAUAUCAACUAAUGAAAAUCUUUCAUCAUCUCCUCUUCCAACAACAGCUACUGAUGAUAAUAUAACAAUUAUAGUUAAAGAAGAACUUGAUAUUGAACAAGUACCAUCAGAUAUAAAAACACCAAUUGAACAAUCCCCAAUAACUGUAUCAGAAACAGUUCUAGCUAAUACUUCUUAUGAUCUGCGAAAUACACAACAUAUUCAUAAUAAAAUAAAUACAUUAAAAGCAUCUCAUCAAUCAAAUGAUAAUAAUAAUCAAGAAAUAUUAAAUGAAUCUAUAAGUAAAUUUCGUACAAAAAAACAAUUACAAUCAUUAUCAAAAACAGAAAAUAUUAAUUCAUAUUCAUCAAGAAAAUCUCAUCAGAGUAUGGAAAUUCCUUCAUCAUUUUUAUCUAAUCAAACAUCUCAUUCAAUAAAACCAAAUUCAUUUGAAUACUAUCAAAAUACAUUCUAUAAUUCAACAAUCAAUAAUCAAACUUCAUCACCUUAUAAUCAACUUAUAAUUGAACCAUCAUCUCCAACUCAUCAUCAACAAAUAUCACAAAUACAUCGACGUAGUAGUUCAACUAGUGAACAACCACCAUUAAUAAUCAAUUAUCAACCAUCUAUAGAUGGUGAACAAUCUUUAUCACCGAAUACAAAUGAUGAUGAAGCUUCAUCAACAAAUGGUUUAAAAACUACACGUUUAAGUCGUCGUCAAUAUGGUUUUCUAGUUAAAUUACCUGAUCAACAAUCAUUAAAUGCUUUUAUUGAAACUUCAUCAUCAGAAUCUGGUUCACGAUGGACAUGGCGUCGAACAUCAGCAAAUUCACGUGGUUAUAAAGUAUAUUAUGUAUGUAAUUUUUCAAUGCGUCGUCAUUAUCAUCCAUGUCCAGCUGCAAUGUAUGCACUUUUUCAUCCUGAAGGUAGUAUAUCAAUAUAUUCAUGUGGACAACAUCAACAUAUACCAAAAGAUCGUCUACCAGUUAGUAUAACUGAUGCAACAAAAGAUGAAAUAUUUAAAUGUUUACAAUCAGGUAUGACAACAACAGAUAUUCGAGAACAUUUAGUACGUCUUAAAUUACCAUUUGGUGAUGCAAGAAAAUUAAAUAAUUUUAUUAAAUAUCAUAAAGAAUUAUUACGUUUUGGUACAGUAACAAAUGUUCGAAUAGGUGGAACAGCUUAUCGUCAACCACAAUGUUGGGCUAUUCGACGACAAACUUCAUCAGUACAAUCAACAUUAACAACGGAUAAUAAUGAUACACCAACAACAACAACAUCUUAA